CGCGAGCGCAGUGGGACCGAACAUUGGACGUACCAAAUUAUACAACGACCCACUCUCGCUGAUCUCCACGAGAGAGCAGAAAGAUCGCAAAACGACACCAAAACUCAGCACAGAUGCAAAACCACCCCUCACACGCAGCCCUCGCCCCCUUCCUCUCCAAGUACCCGCAGUCCUCCGGCCCGCUCUUCCAGGCCUACAACGACAUCGUCCUCGCCCAGAAAUGGACCGAAAUAGCGCUCCUGGACGUCCCAUCCUGCCAGCGCGGCGCCAUCCGCGGGACGCGUCCCUUGGCCCCCACCGACCCCGACGCACCGCGCGCGACGUGCGUCGUUCUCCCCGUUUCGCUGAGCGAGGAGAUCUCGACACGGUGGCUCCGCAACGCGUUCGCGGAUCUCGCCGCGCAGCAGGCUGCAUCUGGCACGCAAUCGGGCGACGAGCUCUACCUCGCGAUCGCGGCGGACGACGCGUCGACUGUGUUUUAUAAGCUCAGUCGGGGGAUCGUCAAGCCCCCGGUUUGAGCCUUGGGUUCCCUCGGGUCGGUGUUGGAUGGAAUGAGGCGGACUCAUGGUUGUGGAGCUUCUCGACGGUGUCAUUGCAUGCCUCUACCUCGAGCCUUUGGGUUGACCCUGGGAACGUGGUUGGGUCGGUGGUUUGCUGUGCAGUGGGGUCGGGUGACGUGGGCUACCAUGACUGGCGAAGAGUAGGUAUGCCGGCCUACAUAUGGAGGGCAAUUACGUCCUUUGCAGGAUACGUCGGUGAUCUCAAUUGGACGAGCAGCGGUUUAAUAUGCG